GAAGUGACAUAACCGGAAAAAAAGUUGCCGCGUAUCCGCUAACCAACAGAAGUGGUUGCGGAGCGUCACAAAAAAUAUAUUUUUUGAAAAUCUUAUAUAUAUAACUUGCUGUUGUUGCACAAUAUGUUAUCAUUAGAUUUCCUCGAUGAUGUUCGCCGAAUGAAUAAGCGUCAGCUUUACUAUCAAGUGCUGAAUUUUGGGAUGAUUGUAUCUUCAGCCUUGAUGAUAUGGAAAGGCUUGAUGGUUGUAACUGGAAGUGAGAGCCCAAUUGUUGUUGUUCUCAGUGGAAGUAUGGAACCUGCAUUUUACAGAGGAGAUCUCCUCUUCCUCACGAAUCGUGUUGAAGAUCCAAUCAGAGUGGGAGAAAUUGUUGUGUUUAGAAUUGAAGGAAGAGAAAUUCCCAUCGUACACAGAGUCCUAAAAAUUCAUGAGAAAGAAAAUGGCGACAUCAAGUUUUUGACAAAAGGUGACAAUAAUGCUGUGGAUGAUAGAGGUCUUUACAAGCAAGGGCAGCACUGGCUGGAGAAGAAAGAUGUAGUGGGUAGAGCAAGAGGGUUCGUGCCUUACAUUGGAAUAGUCACAAUUUUAAUGAAUGACUACCCCAAAUUUAAGUAUGCUGUACUGUGUUUGCUUGGGCUGUUUGUUUUGGUACAUCGAGAAUGAAGCUGCUCAAGAGCAAUGGUGUCAGUCAAAUCAUGCAACAGCAUUCUCUAAUGACCAGUUUUUAUGAUGUUUUUUGUUUGUGUGAAAAUCCUGCACUUGCUUUAAGUCAAAGUAAUUAUUUUCUCUGCUUGAUAAAACACGCAAACAUGAGGUACAAAAACUACUGAAAGCAUUUAUAUUCGCUAAUUUUCCAUGUCUUACAAAAUUCUGUUUUUGUUUGAUCUGACUUUACCCACAGGUGUCCUUGCAUUGUAUGUUGAAUACUUUCUUAAACCUCAAUAUUUUGUAUGAAAUAAAAAUGCUGAGCCAAAUAUCAAAUCAUAUUAUUUGGUGUGUAUAAGA